AUGGCUCCGCCCCGCCGCAAUGGCUAUGCAGCCAAUUACGAUCUCAAAUCCCGCAAGCCAGUCAUCCUUCAACACAAUGUCACUGCUGUUACCAUGCUCCCUUCUAAGAGUGCAAGAGUAGACCUUCCUAGACAGAUCCCAAGAGACCCACGCUAUAGUGAGUCGGAUGAGGACCUUGACUACAAGGGGUAUGAUCCCAAUGCGAAGGUCACCAAGAAGCGUUACUUGCAGGACUUCAAUGCUCCUGCCCCUUCUGGAUAUGACCCACUGAACCAGACCAAUGCCUUCUUUGGCAGCAGUAAUGGCUCCCAGACCGUUGUUGCUGCCUUUGAUGACGGUGACACCACUUCCUCAAACGCCGGAAACAACAUGCCCGUUCCUACCGGUCCAGGUGCUCAUCGGAUCUCGAAAAGCAACCAUCCUAUCCCCAAUCCCGGAAUGCUUGCUGCCCAGGCAGCAGCCAAACAUGCGAUCAACAACCCAUCCACCCACGAGAAAGAAAAAACCAGUGUCAUCACUCCCCAGAGGCACAGGAAUCUCAACACCUACAACGUAGCGAACGCCCGAGUCCCCGCCGGUGCUAGAGUCGCUCCUUAUGGUGUUCGUAAAGGUCCUCUGGUAGUUCGUCCCACCCCAAGAGUGUCAAGAGGGUCAGCCACCAGUAGCAAUGGAAGCAUGAAUGGUUAUCCAGAACACGUAAAAGCGAUUCUUCGUGAUGGUAUGAAGGAGUUCGAGAGGGAAAGAAGAGGCGGGUCUGAAGAAGUUGAAAUCAUGCCUCCCCACCUGUUGAAUGCACCCGUAAUCACUCCUGAACAAUUUGCCCUUGGGUUGAAGGCCCUCGAAGACCCGGAGGAAGACUUCCCUAAAAUGGAGGUUGAGAUUCCUUCGUCCAUGCCUACCUUGAACGCAUACGACAAUGGUCUGUCCAGUAAUGGAGGUAACCGUAGUGUUCAUUCGUCAUAUACGCCACCAGGGACACCCACACCGGUGAACAGAACCCCCUACCACCAACAGAGUGUGGCACGCAGUGAGUCAGUUGCAUCCUCUGUAAUUGGUGCUUACAUUCCAGGUUACCAGGCUCCACCCUCCUCCGAAGUUAGUUCACCCCAAUCAGUUCGUUCUGUGUCUGUUACAUCCUCUGCCUAUGGUAGCAACAUCAAUCACUACGCUCCACCCGCUUCUGAGGCGAGCUCAAGACACUCAGUUCUUUCUGAAUCUCGAGUAUCGUCUGUGUUUGAUGCUAGGUUCCAGGAUCAUAGGUCUGAGGCUAGCUCAAGACAUUCGGCCAACAUCAAUUCCUAUAGGGAGCGCUCUAGAUCACCUGCCAGAAGCCAUCAUUCCCAUGCUUUCUCCGGUCGCACCCCUUCCAGGUCCCCUAUCAGGAGCCAUGCCUCCAACGCUUCGUCAUUCCACUCCGCGUUCAGGUCCCCUGCCAGGAAUCAUGUUUCCCGCGCUGCCUCCAUCCACUCUGCUUCCAGAUCCCCUGUUAGAAGCCAUGGAUCCCGCGCCUCCUCAGUACACUCCGCAGCCGGUCGUCGUUCCCUCUCACCAGAUGCACAUUCUUUCCAGCCACGACACCGUUAUCGUACACGAUCCAAUUCAAAUGCAGCCCGCGCUGCAACCGUCGCCGCCGAUGCUGCGGGGCUGGCUGGUCGUAGCUUGACUGGUAACGACCCCAUUCUCGUAGGUGGGGAAGAUCUGGAAGAUAGUGACAGUGAGCUCUUCGAUUUGAGUGACAGCGAGGUUGAUGUCGAGGGUUAUGAGGAGUCCCCUCAGGUGAACGAGCGGCUGUUUCGCCGCCGCGGGGGACUUGAGAGGAUUUAA